AAGGGAUCCAACUCUCUCUGACGGAGCGGAGCCAAAUGUGCUUCUGAUGAGGUGAGGAGUCCGUGGCACAGAAGGUACAUGGGGGCUGAAAAAUCUCCUAACUCUGGCCGGGGAAACUGCAAGGAAGGACAAAUCAAAAGGAGGGUACAAACAGGAGGUGUAGACUGCCUCUCACUGUAGUCUCUCUGCCACUAUCAUGAGCUGGAGUUUCCUGACUCGCCUGUUGGAAGAAAUCCACAACCACUCAACAUUUGUGGGCAAGAUCUGGCUCACAGUCCUCAUCGUGUUCCGCAUUGUCCUGACAGCUGUAGGAGGCGAAUCCAUCUACUACGAUGAGCAGAGCAAGUUUGUCUGCAACUCAGGCCAGCCAGGCUGUGAGAACGUCUGCUACGAUGCCUUCGCUCCGCUCUCGCAUGUCCGCUUCUGGGUUUUCCAAAUCAUACUGGUGGCCACGCCUUCGCUCAUAUACCUGGGCUAUGCAGUCAACAAAAUCACACGGGCAGAGGAGCAGGCAGGGGGAGUGGGUGGUUAUUCAAGGAGGAAAAACAAGAAGCCCUAUCUGUCAGGCAGGAGGCAGCACAGGGGCAUUGAAGAGGCCGAGGAUGACCAAGAAGAAGACCCAAUGAUCUAUGAGAUGGCAGAGGUGGAGAGUGAUGGUGGAGGAGCAGCAAAAGAAAACAUUGGUGAUGGACCGACGAAGGUCAAAGUACGCCACGACGGACGGCAGCGCAUCAAGGCAGAUGGACUGAUGCGAGUUUAUGUGCUUCAGCUCCUGGUCCGCUCCUUGCUUGAGGUGGCUUUCCUGUGUGGACAGUAUGCCUUGUACGGUUUUGCUGUCCCUGCCUCAUAUGUAUGCUCAGACCUGCCUUGCCCUCACAGCGUGGACUGCUUUGUGUCACGGCCCACUGAGAAAACCAUUUUCCUCCUCAUUAUGUACACCGUCUCCCUGCUCUGCCUGGUGCUCAACAUAUGGGAGAUGCUUCACCUGGGCGUAGGAACCAUCUGCGACAUUGUUCGCUACCACAGGUCAGAGCUCUCAGAUGAUGAGCUUUACGGGCUCACACACGGCGUUCUUAACGAGGCCAGAUCGAGUGGGGAGGACUACAGCAGCUACCCUUUUUCUUGGAAUGCACCGUCAGCUCCACCAGGAUACAACAUUGCCAUCAAGCCUCCCCUGGUAUCUGCAGGACACCAUGAACAACCGCUACCCAUCACUGAUCUCAGUAACGCAAAGAUGGCAUGCAGGCAGAACCACGUGAACAUCGCCCAGGAGGAGCGCCAGCAGUAUGCCAAUAAUGAUGAAAACCUGUCGACACACGGGAUGGGAGAUUGCCCCCAAGGCAUUCAUGGGGACAUUCAUCAGCCUCAGAGCAGGCCGGAGGCAGAAAGUCAGGCCUACAGCCAACCACAGAUCCACAAUAAUAACCACAAGAAGCCUCAGCGAGAACGCAAACACAGACAACAAGCCUCUAAACACACCGGCAGCAAAACAGACGCAGACAGAGGCAGCAGCACCAGCAGCAGCAAAUACGGAGUCAUAAAGGGGUCAGAGUGGAUUUGAGAAACAGACUUUGACUCAUGAUCUUUGUAACUGUUUAACAAUGAAAAUCCCUCUUGCACAGAUACAGUAGUUACUUUUGUGUGUUCAUUCUGUAGUCAGGUGGACACAUCCCCAAGGAUGCAUUAUUUUCUUUGUUUUUCACACUAUUACAACAACUUUGAGGGAAUAUUAGUGACAGAAUCUACCUUACCAGCCUGCAGAAACUUCUGAACAUUUAACUCUGGUAACAUUUUUGGCAAAUCUAUAAAAAGAGAUGUGCCAACUAAGGUGUUUAUAAGUAGUUUAAAUUAUGCAAACAGGAAGUUGACAUUUACAUUUAGAGCUGAAAUAAUCGAUACAUCAAAAGAUUAGACUGUUUUAUUCUUGUUUUCCGUUUAAACUGAAGACAUUUGGGUCUAGACUGGAAUAAGACUGAUUUCUAUACAAAACAGCAAACGCAACAACUUAGUCAUUGUAAAACAGUGAUGGACAUUUAUAUAGUGUUAAUGACUGAACAUCCAAGUAGUCUGGAUCAAAACCUGAGGAAAAUGUAGAUGCCAUUUUGUUUAACAUCAUUCUACAAUAUAAGAUAGAUUCUGCUACUAAUAUGUUACUGUAAAUUUGAAGCCAAACGGAGGUUAUGUGUGGAUGUGUGGGUAAUGGGGAAUAUGUAAACAAUCAGGAUCAUUGUUUUUCCUCACGCAAUAUUUCAUUGGAGGGGGGUAAAGUAACUUAUUGACUUUUUAUGGUUUUUUUUCCUCAGAGUUUCUGGGUGAAAUCUACUGUUUUCAUUUA